ACAGUGGCCACAACAUCUACACCUGCUCCAAGCACAACAACAGUUGCUCUGACUACAACAAAUACUGCUUCAACAGUGACUCCAACUACGAUCACUGCUGCUUCAACCACAACAGCAACUACAUCAACCACAGUUGCUAGACCUACAUCCACCGCUGCUCCAACCACAACAACAGCUGCUACAACCACGUCCACUCCUACUCCAACCACAACAACAGUGGCCACAACGACAUCUACGGCUUUACCAACCACAACAGUCGCUCCGACAACAACAACAGUUUCAACAACGAGUCCAACAUCAAGCACUGCUGCUAUAACUACAACUGCAAGUACAACAUCAACCACAGCUGCUACAACCACAUCCACAGCUGCUCCAACCACAGCAAUAGCUGCUAUUUCUACAACCACUACUGCUACAACCCCAACCACAAUUACCCCAACGACAACAACAGCUGUUCCAACCACAACCAGGGAUUGGUCAACCGCCACUAAAACCCCCCAAAUCACAACAACAGUGGCCACAACAUCUACACCUGCUCCAAGCACAACAACAGUUGCUCUGACUACAACAAAUACUGCUUCAACAGUGACUCCAACUACGAGCACUGCUGCUUCAACCACAACAGCAACUACAUCAUCAAGCACAGUUGCUAGACCUACAUCCACAGCUGCUCCAACCACAACAACAGCUGCAACAACCAUGUCCACAUCAGCCAGCACCACAACAACACUGUGA